AUGACUUCAGAAGGUGUAAGAUCCAUCAAAACGCUGGCCAAAUACUUGAAGGAGAAUCCGGAGGCAAAAGCUAUUUUCAUGGUUGGGGCCGGGAUCUCCACUUCAAGCGGAAUCCCAGAUUUCCGGUCUCCAGAAACAGGAUUGUAUCACAACUUAUCGAAGCUAAAUCUUCCAUAUGCCGAAGCGGUGUUCGAUAUCGACUAUUUCAAGAAGGAUCCCAAGCCUUUCUACACGCUUGCAGAAGAAUUAUACCCUGGCAACUUCAAGCCGUCGCCGUUCCAUUGUCUCAUGAAGCUUUUCGAAGAGAAAGGUCGGUUGAAGCGCAUUUACACGCAGAAUAUUGACACAUUGGAAAGAGAAGCGAAGAUCAGCCAGGAGUAUAUUGUGGAGGCGCACGGUUCAUUUGCGUCGAACCAUUGUGUGGAAUGUGGCAAGGAGUUCCCCCGUGAAACGUUUGAGAAGAAAUUGGCGUUUUACAAGGGGAAAGAAGGUGAAGAGGAAGAAGAGUUGUAUGCUAAAUGUGACGAAUGCGAUGGAUUAGUUAAGCCAAAGAUUGUGUUCUUUGGGGAAGGGCUUCCAACAGAGUUCUUUGAGACUUGGGAUUUAGAUAGCAGCCUCGAGGAUGAAAAGAUUGUGUGCAUCGUCGGAGGCACAUCACUCUCUGUGUUUCCCUUUGCGUCUUUGCCGAUGGAGGCGCCAGAAGGCUGGCAAAGAGUGUUGAUUAAUAGAGAAGUGGUGGGCGAUUUCAAGAAGUCUAAGGGUACCAAGAAGAGCAAGGGUAAGUUAUUGGAGAAAUCGAGGAGAAGCAGUGACCUCAUAUACCAAGGCUCUACCGAUGAUGCCGCUUUUCUUCUGGCUUCUGAGCUUGGUUGGUUAGAUGAACUUGAAAAGCUCAGCGGCAAAGAAUUUGCAAAAGAUAUAAAAGAGAGCACAACAGAAGAGAAAGAGGAGGAACAGAAACAAGAAGCAGAAGAACAGGAGAAAGAAGAAGAAGAGGAAGAAGAGGAAGAAUUCGUUGAUGCUUCUGAAGAUCUCGUUUCAGAACUUGCAGGAUUAAGCAUUAAGGAAUGA